AUGACAGCUUUUUCUCUUAUCCAAACGACCAAUUAUGAGCCACUGAGUCUCAAAUGGGUGACGCUGAUUACCGUGUUGGCGAUUACAUGCAUUGCGACUCGCUUCAUUUCUGGUGCUCAGAGUCGCCCGCUUGCUCAAAAUGGGAGAGAGUCUCGACGCCCCAAAACAGCGCCAUAUUGGAUCCCCUGGCUAGGCCACGGUAUUUCGUUUUUAUGGAAUCAUCUUACUUUUUUGGAGUCAUUACGCGACUCGACGAGGGAGUCCAUCUUUGGCGUCUACCUCCGCGGUGAGACUUAUCAAGCCGUUGUUUCACCGUCUAUGAUGAAGGCCAUACUUUCGUCAAAAAGUACUUCAAGCAGUCCCUUACAAAACCAGGCUCUGACCAACGUCUUUGGCGACCCCAAUUCGGCGCGCAAUGCACGCUCCGUUCAACAUCAUCCAUCAAACCCCGAUAUAUCAGUCACCAUAAACCGCGAGCCAUUUAUCAGCGAAGCGUCAAAAGCCAUGACACAAACCCUGCAGCGCAACGUGCCAAACUUCGUGAGCUUCAGCCGAAGUCCCGUCGAUCAAUCCCAGUGGGAACGCGAUGCCGACGUGUCCGCACCCGAAGAAGGCCAAUCCAUCUGCGAAGCCAGCCUCUUCGCACUGACACGGGCCUUUGUCGGGCAAAAUCUCAGCUCAUUCCUGAUGGGCGAGGCUUUUGUUGAGAAUUUCCCACUCUUCCUCACUGAUCUUUGGACGCUGGACAAAAAUCUGGUUCCCUUGUUUAUUGGUCUGCGUCGAUGGAUUCCCACUACACCUGGUAUUUCGGCGGCCUUUCCGGCACGCGAUCGGCUUCUCAACACCAUGUCGGUGUUUUAUCGCGCUUUCAAUGCCUGGGACGACGGCAUUGAUCCAGGCGUCGAGCUGCGUGAUCUCGACGACAUUUCCGACUUGGUCAAAGAGCGUAUGAGGACGUUUCGAAAAUUGGAUCUGUCUCCCACUGCAAGCGCAGUGGGUCACCUCUCUCUUUACUGGGACGUGGUAGAAUAUAGCUCGAAAAUGACAUUUUGGACAAUCGCCCAUAUCUUCGCCGACAGCGCGCUGCUCAGAGAGAUCCGAGAAGAAAUUUCCACCACUGUUAAAGCGUCUCGGCGCACCCGACAAGAAACAGGUUUUCCAUUCGACGAGCCGCCCCGACUCGAGCUCGAUAUGGAAGACAUGCUUCAACACUGCCCGCUUCUCAAGGCGUGCUACUACGAGUCUAUCCGGCUACACUCCGCUGGAAUAUCCCUGCGCAAGCUCGAAACAGACAUGACCUUGACCGAAUCCACUGAUGAAGCGGUCCAGCCGCGUACCUAUAAACUGAGCAAGGGCGAGAUCGUGAUGAUCCCGCACGGCCUGGUCAAUUGUGAUUCACAACGCGUUUCAAAUCCCGACCAAUUUGACCCUCUCCGCUUCAUCGUCACGGACGAGUCGUCGGGCGCAAAGAGGGCUAGCUCUGCCGGUCUCGAGCCCUUUUCAGAUGGGCUUUACGGGCCGAAGAAUAAUCCUUUUACCGAACGGGCUGUUCUGGCAUCUGCUGCGAGUAUCAUUUCGAUGUGGAAUAUUACUUCCGCCAAUGGAUUGGAGCUUCGUGUGCCGAAUAACCGGACGACGUGGGGAACUUUCCAGCCGGCUACGGAUGUCAAAGUGAAGAUAAAAUUGCGGGUUUGA